AUGUACUCAAGACGCUGGCUCCUUACUCAGCUAAUUAUCUCCACUCCUUUAGAUCGACACGAGAGGCUUCACGCCCACAUCGCCUGCGAGAUCAUGGGAGAGUUCGUCAAGCGUCUCCCAGAUGUCGGGAUCGAUAAACUUUCCCCUGGCGAUCGAUCUGUUGAUGAUGUCGUUCGGCUGAGGACCGAGGUCAAGAAAUAUGCAGCAAACAUUAUAAGGUCUCUCCCGCUGCACCGUCUCCACGAAGUAUCUGCGUACUUAUGGGCAACCCAUUUUACUGGACGUCCAGGCUCGCAUCCAAGUUUUGGGUGGAUCGGCAGUCGUUCUUUCUCCGGCGGAUGA